AGAUUUGUGUGUUUUCAGUGAAAUUCACACCCCUAAUGGAUAUCAUAAUGCAUAUGAAAGAAAAGUAAAAAAAUUGAAAAGAAAAAUAUGAAAGAGACGAAGACUUGAACACACAAUUGUCAAAGAGCGUGUGCAAGAAGCCCUUCUUCCUCAAUUCAUCAAUCAUCAUCCAAAUUAGGGCUAAUAACUUCAAUCACAACAAACCUUCAAUCAACCUCCAUUGAUGGCGGACAUUUCAAACCUCCAAUCUCCACACACACCACACCACCAUACACUCGAACAACAACCACAAAUCUCAUCCGCACAAACCCUAGCCAACAAUUCCGUUGAUAUUGUCAACGCGAACGAUCAACAUGCUCCCUACAUCUUCAACUUCGAUCCGUUUUCUCCUCAUAAUUCAUCGUUUUUCGCGCCUUAUUCAUCGUCUUCGUAUCGUCAGGUAAACUCGAAUACAUGUUCUUCUUGUUGUUCAUCUGAACCUGAAUUGGAAUCAGAAUCGGAAUCGGAAUCGGAUUGUUUAGAUUCAACUGUUUAUCCUGAUUGUUUGUAUGGACACGAUGAAGAGUACGAUCAAAUGGAUUAUAUUACCGAUUUAUUCGACUCUCGUGGAGAAAUUGAACGUGAAUUUAGUCGUGGAGAAACGGAUUUCAUUGAUCCAGGAACUAAUGUUUCUGAAGGUGAAUAUUUCGUUUCGAAUAAUAUCGAGGAGCUAGGGUUAGGGUUACGAGUUGCGAGUAUCGAGUCUGAUUCGGAUACAGAAGAGUUACUGUUAGGUGAAGUUGCUGAGCAAAAUGAUGAUAGGAUUGAAAGAAGUGAGUUGAGUUUUGAUACGGAUAGGGUUGACGAAAGAGAUGGAUCGAUCUCGGUGAUUGAUAGGAUUGAAGAGAUAUCGGUUUCAUCGGAUGGAGAGGCGACUGUUGGAGUUUUGGAAUGGGAGAUUUUAAUGGCUGUUAAUAAUUUGGAAAGGGAUCUUGAGUUUGCAACGGAUGGUGGUGAAGGGUUUGUAUACACGGCUGAGUUUGAUACUUUGAUUGGUCAGUUUAUGGAGACGGUUAGAGCUUUGAGAGGUGGUCCUCCAGCUGCUAAAUCUGUUAUAGAUAAUCUUCCGUUGGUGGCGGAUGCGAAAGAAGGUGAUGAUGAAAUGUGUGCGGUUUGUAAAGAUGAGAUUUCGAUGGGGGAGAAAGUGGCGCAGCUUCCUUGUAGACACGUUUAUCAUGGUGAGUGUAUUGUUCCUUGGUUGAGCAUUCGUAAUACAUGCCCCGUUUGUCGUUUUGAGUUGCCUACGGAUGAUGUUGAUUAUGAGAGAAGCAAGAACAGGGAGAAUGAUGAUGAGCUGCGAGUCGGGUAUGGUUUUGAUCUUUCACCUUGACACCAUAAUGUUAUAUAUGAUACAUGUAAAUAGCUUAAUGUAAGUUAUGUUAUGCAAAAGAUUGCAUUCUUUGCUGUUGUGAAAUGUGGAUUGUCUCUUUCUCCGUCUAUAAUACUCAGUGUUAUAAUCUUAAUGAAAAUAAAUGGAAGUUCAUGCA